CAGGCGCCUCUGAAGGAAAGAGGAGGAGUCGCGCCGCCGGAUGGCGCCCGCCCUUCCUUUUAACCGAGCACGGGGAAAGGAAACUACGGCGGCGGCGGCUGAUACUUUCCAUAAGGGGAGGCGGCGCCGUCGUACCGGCCGGCUUUUUGAGAUCUCCCCCUUUCCUCCCUCCCCGGACCUCCUCAUGGCUCCUGCGUCGCAGUGGCCGGGCCUUAAGCAAGCGGGGAACGAACAGUUCCGCAACGGGCAGUACAGCCAAGCGGCUGCCCUCUACGGCCGGGCGCUGGAGUUGCUGGAAGCGGCAGGGGAUGUAAACGCAGAAGAGAAGAGCAUUCUUUAUUCCAAUCGUGCUGCCUGCUAUUUGAAGGAUGGGAACUGUAGCCUCUGCAUUAAGGAUUGUUCUGAUGCUCUGGAACUUGUUCCUUUUGGAAUCAAACCCUUGCUGAGACGAGCUGCAGCCUACGAAGCUCUUGAGAGAUACAGUUUAGCCUACGUGGACUAUAAAACUGUAUUGCAAGUAGAUUGUUCUGUACAGGCUGCACAUGAUGGCAUCAAUAGAAUGACCAAGGCUUUAUUGGAAAAGGAUGGUUUUCAAUGGCGCCAGAAGCUGCCACCUAUCCCAGCUGUUCCUGUUUCUGCACAGAGAAGAUGGGAGCCACCUCCUUCUGGAAACCAAGAGACUACUACAAGAAGUAAGGCAAAGGAUACUGCAACAGUAAGAAAGCAAGUGCCUAUAGCUGCUGCAACCGAACAAGCAAAUGCACUGAAGCUAGAAGGAAAUGAAUUUGUAAAGAAAGGCAACUACAAGAAAGCUGUUGAAAAGUACACAGAGAGCUUAAAACUCCAUAAACUGGAAAGUACAACUUACACUAACAGGGCCCUUUGCUACCUGACUCUGAAGCAGUACAAGGAGGCAAUUCAGGAUUGCUCAGAAGCUCUUAAAAUAGACCCAAAGAACAUUAAGGCAUUUUACAGACGAGCACAAGCAUACAAACAGCUCAAGGACUAUAAAUCCAGCAAAGCAGAUAUUAACAGCCUUUUGAAAAUUGAACCACAGAACAGUGCUGCUAUGAAACUACUGCAAGAACUGAACAAACUCUUAAAAUAAGAGAAGCUAAAAACAAAUGUGUCUUUCUUCUGAUUUGUUUUCUUGUUUAAAAAAAAAUCACAGGGACCAGGCUAAAUGUAGCUGCAAAAUCCACCAGACUUGUUGACAUCUGUCUGGUUCCUUGCUUUACAAAAGUUGUUCUUUCUUCCUCCUCAAGCCUUUUGAAAGUUCAGUGUGACAUCUUGAGAUUCACAGCUUCCAGCAUGCUUCUAGAGAGAGAGAGAACCAUUCAGCAAGCGUCUGUUAUAGCAGAACUGUUGUUUGUAGUUACUGAAAAAUAUUACUCUAGCAGUUAGAGCAAUAUUUGUCAAGCAUGUUCUUUCUGCUGUUUGUUUAUGCAGAGUGUGAGCUGGUGGAAGCUUUUGGUAGCGGGUGCUUAUCAUGCAGGUAUCCACACUGUAGCCUAAAGACAUCCGGUAAUAGUGGCAAAUUGAGUAUGUUUCAAGAAUAGUCUCUGUUUUGCCUUAACUUUUGUGCACUGUGCUGCAAUCAGACAUUUGGUGUUCAGACUAUUACUUAGGAAGCUAAAGCUUCUUUUGUCCUUUACCAAAGACCUUUGUCAAGUUUUUAAAAGAUUUGGUCAGUGUCACUUAUGCUUAGGUGACUGUUACUAUACAAAGACAAUUUCUUCCCUGUUUACAUGUCAAAAGUAGCUGUAGACCCAAAUUUCAUGUUUUGUAGGGCCUGGAAUAGGAGAGAGCAAGUUAGAAUGGCACAGCUCAUUUCUUUUUCUGCAGAAGUCCCUCAGGCAGAAGGGUCUGCAUGUACACAAAUGUGUAUAUCUGCCUUUAAUGCAUAGCUGCUCUAGUUUUCAAAAAUGGCAGAUGGCUUUCAGUUGGCACUGAGCUGUGGUACCUGGACCACAGCUAAGAAACCCAUCUGACUGAAUAUUUAAAAGAGAAGUCUCAUUUGCUGUAGAGCAAGACUAGGGAAUGUGUGGCCCUCCAGCUAUUACUGGACUACAACUUAUAGCAUUUCUUGCCAAAGGGGAAGGGCGCUGGGAGUUGUUGCCUAACCAUCUUUGAAGGGCCAUGCAUUCCUCAUUGCUGCUGGAGAGAAUUAGAUGGCAGGAGGUAUUGGUUGAUGUUUUUACCUGUAUUGUUCUUAACACAGGAACAUUUUGAGCACGAUAGCUUCCUCUCUAACAGGGUUGCUGUCCCAUGCACUCUUCGUGAAGAAGCAUCAAAUGUUCAUAGCGACAAAGAUGUACCCUGCUUUGAUUAUCAUGUUCCAGAUUUUCAAAGCAAAGCCUUAUAUUAGCUGUUCAUCCUACGGACAAAAGGACCCUAGGAGGAGGGCCUUCAGUUUCCUUCUUGCCUUAGAGCAUAUUAUUUUAAGGUUAGAUUGGAGAUAGCUUUGCAGCCACUGUGCACAGACUGCACUUUGAAAGGUACAGACUAAGCCUCUUAGAGUUACUGCUGUUACGGGUGCACUGUGGAAUAUAGUUCUACUAAAUAGCUGCUUCUUUGUGUCCUGUGAAAAGCCUAAACAGAGAAGAAUGGUUGUCCACAUAAUUUUUAUUUAAGUUUUCUCUCUUACAGCCUUAAGACAAGAAAUAAAGCUGGAUUCUUAUCUACUAAGGCAAUCUAUUAUUUUGGUGUUAUUUUGAAAUUUUAAAAUAAACAAGUUUAGUUAU